AUCAGUAGACGCCCUCAGAGGCACGCGACGCGAGCAGCACCAGCAGGAGCAGCUUCCACGAGACGUUUCUUGUUGUACCUCAAAAAAAUACUCUUCGUUAAAGCAUCGACUGCCAAGACACAAGGAAAAUAACACAAAAGUGAAAUUGAUUAACGCCUGCAGGAUAAACACCGCAACAGAAGCAGAAGAAGCAGCAGCAGCAGCAGCAGCAGCAGCAGCACUCAGCAGUUAAUAACACUAAAUAAGGAGCAAAGUUCCCCGGUGACAGACGAGCGCAGCGCAAUGGCUCCCAUCUCCACUCUCAACACCAUGACCUCCACCAUGGGUCACAGUGACCUGGGCCACAGUCUCAUGACCUUUGACCUGCCGAUCACCCGUCGGGGUCACUUCUUCAAGGACUCCUUCUUCGAGAACGCUCAUCAACAAUUCAACAGCACCGUCAGGAACAUUCUGCGGCGCUGGGGCGAGACGGACUUCCUGGGUGACCCUAAGCUGUGCCUCUCAGACACCCUGAGCCGCUACCGCCAGCUGCGCACCCAUAACCUGAAGGAGGAGGACCAGGCCGUCACCGUGACCUGUGAUGCCGCCAGUCAAAAGAUCGUGAUGGACGUGCACGACUUCGUGGCGGGCGAGGUGAAGGUGAAGGUGGCGGGUGAGCAGGAGCUGGUGGUGGAGGGACGCACCGAGACCAAGACAGGAGACUGGUCAGUGUCCACCAACAGCUUCCGCCGACGCUUUUACUUGCCCACCAACACCGACGUGAAGGCCGUGUCUGCCGUCCUGUCCGACGACGGCAUCCUCACCAUCACGGCCCCGCGGAGAGUGGCAGCGCUAGAGGCAGGCACCAUGGAGGUUCCCAUCACCCGGGAGGGAACACAAGCCGCCGCGGUGACAGUGGACACCACUGCCAAGGCUGCUGCAUCCACAAGCAAGACCACUGAGACGUCCAGCUGUACAAGCAGCCAACAGCAGCAAACACAGACCACCGCCACUUCGGCGCCUCGGGGACACAUUAUCCCCAUCCAGGUGGACAGCACGCAGGAGCCACAGAGCCCCGCCGCCACACCCACCACCGACACGUCCGCCAUGAAAGUGGAUGAAAAAUCUCGCGUAGACACCAAAGUUUCCGCCGUCAAGAACAUCUCAGAGACCAUCCGCCGCGCCCAGCAGGCAGUCACCUCCCAGGAGCCUGGUUCACCAAGGCCACUGUUCGCGCCCCCCUUCUUGCGUCGCCGGGACAUCCCCAUCACCACCAGCAGUCUUCUGCCCAUCACCAAGAAAGGAAAAUUCUUCGACGACGACUUCUUCAGCAGCAUGAGGCAGGACUUCCAGAAGUCUGUGACUGACGUGCUGAGCCGCUGUGACGAAGGCAGCACCCUUGGCAAUGGCCGCGAUGCCCUCAGCACCCUGGGCAAGUACAGGCAGCUCAGGGAACGCAAGCUUGACGUGGAGAACCAGGCCGUGACCGUCACCGCUGACCAGUCCAGCCACAAGAUCGUGAUGGACGUGCAGGACUUCACGGCCGGCGAGGUGAAGGUGAAGGCGGCAGGUGAGCGGGAGCUGGUGGUGGAAGGACGCACCGAAACCAAAGACGGAGACUGGUCAGUGUCCUGCAACACCUUCCGCCGACGCUUCCUGCUGCCCGCCAACACUGACGCCAAGGCCGUGUCCGCCGUACUGUCCGACGACGGUAUCCUCACCAUCACGGCCCCAAGGAAGACACAGGCUCCCUUGAACCAGGGGUCAACGAUCCCUAUUCAGGUGGAAGGUCAAACACAAAUCAAAAUAGAACCCGCUACUCCAUCGAUGCCCGGAACCCCCGCUACCCCUGCCACUCCCGCCACCCCCGCUGCCCCGCAACAGCAGUCUUCGCUCAGUUCCACUCAAACUGACGCCCAAGUCAGUGGAUCAGUUGGAACACUUACAAAGGAAGAGACCUCGCAGACGAAGCAGACGUCCUCUUUGGUCAGCCAGCAGCCGGGACGCUCCUUCACUCCCGGCGGCAUGAUGCUGCCCAUCACGACUCGUGGCCUCUUCUUCGGCGACUCCUUCUUCAAGAACACGUGGCAGGACUUCCAGGAGGCGGUGAGGGACGUGGUCUCCAAGUGGGGCAACAAUUCUGCCGAAGACGACCUGACGCGCUAUACCUCCCUGCGCACCGGGGACGUGAAGAACGAGAACCAGGCCAUCAAGUCCACGGAGGACGAGGCAAACUACAAGAUCGUUGUGGACGUACAGGACUUCACCCAGGGCGGCAACAUCACAGUGCGCGCCGUGCGGGAUCGGGAGCUGGUGGUGGAGGGAAACGUGGAGCAGCAGGAGGGCGGCGCCAAGUUCAGGAAGCAGUUCCAUCGUCGCUUCGUCCUUCCUCAAGACAUUCACUCUGAGUCCGUCUCGUCCGUGAUGUCUGCUGACGGCGUCCUUACCAUCACUGCUCCUAAGAAGCCGUCCACGUUCCAGCUGAGGGAGGUGAUCCUGCCCGUGGCCAUCGAGGAAGGCGUGCACAGGACGGACAGCCUCAGCCAGGUGCCCACCCCAGAGGUCAAGUCACCACCCACCAGUCAGGUCACCAGCCAUCCACUUCCCGCCCCCAGCCUGGAGGCCAGCACAGCCACCUCGGUGCACCAGCAAUCAUCGUCCCAGAGCGUCACUUCCGAAUCAACACACAAGGUGGGCGGGACUCGCGAGCACAUCGUUCCCAUGGCGGUGCAGGACACGCACCCCUCAGUAGUGACAGGCACCACUCAGGCACACCAGACUGAGGUGAACCAGACGGUCUCACAGACUCAGGCCGCCGCGGCGACCGAAAACGUCCAGACGCAGAGCAGCGCGGCGCAGCAGUCUGAGCAGGGCUCCCUCAAGCUGGUGCCCAUCACCCACAAGGGAGCCUUCCUCAGCGACUCCUUCUUUGACGACGCCAGGCGGCGCUUCGAGGCCCUCACGCAGCGCUCCGACGCCACCUCCUCCCUCGCUUCCAACCGCAGCCUUCUGAGGAGGAACUUCCGCCUGGCGGAGCAGGAGGCCCAAGUGGAAGAAGACGCUCGCGCCCUGAAGGUCACCCUUGAUGUCACGGACUUCAUCGGCGGCGAGGUGAAGGUAGGCGUGGAGGGCGGCCGCUCCCUGGUGGUGGAGGGACAGACUUCCUGCGAGGAGGGAACCUCAUCAUCCUCCCGCAGCUUCAGGCGCGUGUUCUCCCUGCCGCCCCAGGUGGACGUGGCGGCAGUCAACUCAGCGCUGUCCUCUGAUGGUGUCCUCACCAUCGUGGCUCCCAAACAGGGAGAGGGCAAGGAGUCUGAGGGCUCCUCCUCAAAGUCCUACAGCAGUUCCUAUUCGAGUACCUCCCAGCAGGAGUACUCCUCCCAAAAUGUCUCCCACAGACUCACUCGGCUCGGCCGCGGGGAGGCGAGCGCCACACAGACAUACACACAGACACACACACAUACACCCAAGGAAAGGUCGUGGCUCAAAGGUUGCUGGGGGAACACUCAAGGACUGUCAGCAAUGGCGCCAAUCUGCGGCGGCUCCCCGGCCUUCCCCAUGACCUUCUGCUCGUCGCUCAGCCAGUGCCCUUGUUGUCUGUGGGACGACGCGAUAGACCUGAGCCUCCCCGUGUGGCGGAAAGGACUCUUCCUGCAGGACUCUUUCUUCCAGUACGUGUAUGAAGCUUUCGAAAAUGCAGUGAAGGAGAUUUUGCAGCGGUGGGGCGAGACAGACUUCCUGUUGAACCAGUGGCAAGACCCAAAACUUCGCUUCUCAAACAUCCUGAGCCGUUACCGCCAGCUGCGCACCCACAACUUGAAGGAGGAGGACCAGGCCGUCACCGUGACCUGUGACGCCACCAGUCAAAAGAUCGUGAUGGACGUGCACGACUUCGUGGCGGGCGAGGUGAAGGUGAAGGUGGCGGGCGAGCAGGAGCUGGUGGUGGAGGGACGCACCGAGACCAACACAGGAGACUGGUCAGUGUCCACCAACAGCUUCCGCCGACGCUUCUAUCUGCCCGCCAACACCGACGUGAAGGCCAUGUCCGCCGUGCUGUCCGACGACGGCAUCCUCACCAUCACGGCGCCCAGGAUGAUGGGAAAUGUUGCUCCCCAGACGAUAAUACCAAUCAGGCUUAGCGGCGGCAAGCAGCAGGUGGGGGAGGGCAGGGACCCGGUGCACUCUGAUUGGUCCCCCAGGCCCGCCGCGGUGCUCCUCCAUCCCAGAGUCAGCGAAUUAAUGGGAAGGAAAACGAGCCGCCAGAGUAACGCCGUGAGGAAGCUGGACGCGGUGCCGAGGAACUUGAGUCUGUCAGCAGCGCACAGUAUCCCCGCCUUACCCAUCCCCAAAAUGGGUCUGUUCUUCAGCGAUCCUUUCUUCCGCGACGCUUGGCUGGACUUCCAGGAGGCGGUGCGGGAAGUGCUGGCCAGAUGGGGCGACCUGCCACUGUCUGAUGACCCUUUGGCGCAGUACAGGAACCUCCGCACGCGUGACCUACGGGGCGAGAGCCAGGCCGUGCGGUGGACCGAGGAUGAGGCGGCGCACAAGUUUGUUCUGGACGUGCAGGACUUCAGCAGCCGCGGCGAGGUGGCGGUGAUGUUCGUAAGUGAGCGAGAGGUGGUGGUGGAGGGUCGCGUGGAGGAGCAGGGCCAGUGCAGCAGCGCCUGUAGGAGGUUCCAGCGACGUUUCCUCGUGCCAUGUCCCGUUGACGUGCAGGCGGUGACCUCGGUGUUGUCUGCUGACGGGGUGCUCACCAUCACCGCGCCGAAGAAGGUGAUGACCCCCGCCCCACAACUCCCCGAGAGGCAGCCCGUCAGGAUCCUACCCGGCCCCGAGGAGUGGGCGGACUGCUUCCCCACCCACCGGCCGCCCCCAGCACCCCGGCGCGUCAACACGGAGCCCACGCCACGUGUUGACUCCCCCACGCCCAGUGUCCAGUCCUGCGACUCCUGCGACUCCGAAGGAAGACUGUGGACCUUCUCGCCGCCGCCUGACUGUGGCUCGUUGACUAUUGAGGAGGUGGAGGAGUAGCACGCCAUUGUCACGCCCUCACUCCUCGGCCUCACCACGCCUCACCACACCCUAACUGUUCACCAGACACUCACCACGCCCUGACCAGUCUUCGCCACGCCUUCACUCUUAGUUUCCCUUCACCACACCCACAUUACAUCCUCUCCAAUCCCUAACCACGGUCUACAUUCUCACCACGCCCUUACCACGCCUAUAUCAACUUCUUACCUUAGGUUCUCACCCUCCCUUGCCCACGCCCUCACCUCACCUCACUUAACUUGCCUCGUCCUCACAUUGUCCUUACCUUACGUUCUCAUUCUCCCUUCAACACGCCCCUCACCACGCCCUCAAUAUACCCUUACCACGCCCCCACGCCCUGCAAGUCUCCCCUCACAACGCUCUGUAAUCAUCAGGUCGUCUCAUCCAAAUCGUGACGUUUUAUAUACUCUAAUAUUCGUUAUUUAUAAGAUUCGUCAUCGUAUUAAUCCAUAUUUCCCUAUUUAUGUAAUUAGACGUCUAGGUAUUUAUUUAUUUAUAUCUCGCUAUUUAUACGAUUCGCCGUCCAUUUGUAUACAUAUAGACACGUACGUAAUGUGUAUUUAUAUUCGUUAACAUUUACAUAGGCACAGAUAAAUAUAUUUUUUGUCACAUAA